UACAUUACCAACAUGCAGACACCCGCAGCACCGUCGAUGGAACUCGGAGCCCCCUUUUUCAGGCCUGAAGAAGUCGAUCUAUGUUAUCAGGCCGCUUGUAAGGGAGAUCUCGAGGAAGUCAAAAAGCAAGUUCAGCGGCUCCUACAUGACUCUCGGCCGUGUCCUGAGCAACACACGCCCCAUCCAAAGCGGUUGUGCAACUCGCUUUUCAUAGCCAUUCAGAAGCAGAACAUCGAAAUGGUGCGAUUCCUGCUUGAUGAGAAUGUUGCAGACCCACAUAUCGUGGCUGAGGGUGCUCUUCUCAACCAUGGUGCCGAUCCCAAUGCCCGUUGCGCGUGGGACUUCACCCCCAUGUCUCUAGCCAUAUACCAGGCUCCUCUGGAACUUAUAGACUAUGUGUUCUCUCGAGGAGGAGAUGCUUGCCGUGGCCAGCUACUCCAAUUGGCCGUCAUCAGGAAGAAACCCGAUGCUCUGCAUGUGCUUCGUCGGGUUAUUCAGCGAGGUGCACCAAUCAAUGAAGUCAAGUAUGAAAAGGAACCGACGGUGUAUUCGGAGCGUGAGCCAUUUGGCCGGGGACAGCACUUCACCGAGCCGCGGAAUCUGGCAACAAAGACGUCGUCAAGUACUUGUUAG